CAGUCGACCAGCGAACACCGACGACUACGACGAAGGCGACAGCCCGACAUAGUUGUACAUUGUACAAUUUACUUGUCUCAGGUGAAUCGGCCCGUCUGUUAUUAUAAUAUACAUAAUAUAUUGAAUAGCCGCAAAGGCCGUACACGUGCCGCGAAAUGGGAUGCGCCGGAAGCAAUCCUCUGCCGGCUAGCGAUACGAUGAUGGCGUCAGCCACUUCCGACAGUCGCACGGUCACAGCCGACGUGCCACCGAUGUCCGACGCAGACAAAGCGUGUUCGAUUGUCCAGAAGGUGGUUGGAAGUGUCAACAUCGACGAUGUGGUCAAGAAGAUCCAAGACGUCGGCGGAAGCAUGGAAAACUUGGUGGACGAGACUCAAGAAAAGUUCAGUUCAUUAUUUGGAAAAGCAGAACAACAAGUUGAAGAUGUAGAAAAAUCAGUAGAAGAAAAAGUAAACGAUGUUACUUCAACUAUGCCAGAAAAACCUAAAAUACAAGAAGUUAUUCUUCUUACAGUUGAAGAAACUAGAAUAAUACCAAUAGAUUUAAUCAAAUCAGAAAUUCUAACAAAUGGAAAUGAUUCCGUAUUUGAAGGGGUAAAUAACAGAAUAAAAGAAGAACAGACAGAAAUAAAAACAGAAGAUUCUCUUAUUGAUGCAAAUGUAAAACAAAAUGAUAAAGAAGAUGAUGAAGUUGAAGAAAAAAAAGACGAAGAACAAGUUGAAGAAGAAAAAGUCGAAGAAGUAAAUGUCGAAGGAGAAGAAGGGAAAAAAUCUGAUGAAGAAUUAGAAGCAGGAGAAGAAGUUGCUGAAAAAGAAAACGACAAAGAAAAUGAAGAGAAAAGUAAUGAAGUAGAAGAGUAAAUAUCAAAUUAUGUAAAAUAAUUAAAGGAUGGCUCAAAAAUAUAUUUAAUACAUUUUAUAAAAAGAAAAAGCUUUUUAAAAG